AACCAAGGGUUUAAGCCCCCUAUCUCUCUCUCUCUCUCUCCUCCCCUUUCUCUCUCUACAAAACCACUUGUGGUUUAUGUUUUCUAUUCAGUUGUUGUUGAUCUAAACUUCUCCCUCCAUAAUAAUAAUAUUUAUCACAUUUUCUGUUCUCACAAUUCGUGGUUUAUGAUUGCACGAAUCUAUCAAACGGACUCCAAAUUCUUCUACAGUUAAUCACGUUGAUCAAUUUUUCAUCCAAACGCAGCAGAAUUUGGCAUGCAUGCCUAAAAGAUGGUGUCAAAGAAGAGACUAUAUAAUGGAGGAUUUGACGGUUUUCUUGCCCCUGUCGUACCUAAGGCUCCGAGGUCCUCAAGAAGGAUUUCACAUAAGAAAUCAUCAGCGGGUAGCGAAAUCUGCCCCUUUGAGCUAUUGGCAGCUGUGGCUGGCAAGUUACUGCAGGAGAGUGAAACUUCUGUUUCUAGCACUGGUCCAGAAAGAAAAGAACAGAUUACCGUUCAUGAAGAAGGUGUUAAGCAGGAACCGCUUGAAGUCAAAAUCAAUCCUCUAAGAUUGGAUUAUCUUGAUCAGGGAUGUUGUGGUGAGAACGAGUUUGUUCCUGUACCCUCUAACUUAGAGUUAAAACUAGAACCCGCAGUGAAGGAUCUGCCACAGUCCGACAACGAUUCCGCUUUAGAACAUGCUUCUAUAGUUAGCACUUCAGAUUUCUCGAAGGAAGUUAACGCUAAUGUGAAGUUAGAAACCUCAUGUGAUGGUAUGAUGGAUAGUAAGGAAACCAAAGUGCAAACAAAUGCAGUAGAAAAACUAAGUGAAGAUUUUACCGCAGUUAAAUCAUGUGUGAAUCAUCGUGUAUUAAGUAGUUCAUGUAACAAUGCACAUCUGCAUAGGAAUAAUGUAAAGAUAGGUAUUAGAGAUGAUGACGAAAAUUAUUUUAGUUUUAAUCAGCAUAUCGCCAAAAUGAGAGCGUUGAGAUGGCAGUCACGUCCCGGAUGUAGAAGAAUACGGAAGUUGUUGACUACUACUAGGCACUGGAAAUCAGCUCCGAAGCUGAAAAGCUAUGAACCGUCUAAUGCUACCAGUCGUGGAGUCAAAGCGUUUGACCAAGACAGGAAAAACAUAUACAUGAGAGAACGUUGUCAAGAAGCGACUGAUGCUAAGAGAAGGAAGCUGUUUCAUCAUAACUCAAAACCGGAUUAUGUUCAGGAGACGAGCAGUGAAAGUAUAUCUAACACACCUAAAGCAAAAUCAGUGACGUCUUCGGUUAUCAACCAUAAAAGUCCCUUUCAAUCUAAGGAUGGUCAUGUGAAAUUUAGCAUAAAUUCCUUUAAAGUGCCAGAACUAUACAUCGAGAUUCCCGAGACAUCGACAAUAGGUUCUUUAAAGAGGACGGUUGUGGAAGCUGUAACAGCGAUUCUAGGAGGUGAAUUACACGUAGGGGUACUUCUUCAAGGCGAAAAGAUUAACGAUGACAACACAACGCUGCAACAAACAGGCGUUUCGUUAAACAGUGACACUUUGGGAUUUAUAUUAGAGCCUAAUCUUCCCGAAGCUUCUCAGAUCGAACAAUUCGAACCUCCAUCAUUGCCACCAUGUGACAAUCAUGAACCACCACCACCACCACCACCCAUUUCUCUAGCUAGUCCUAUUAUGGAUGUGGGUUUCUUGAACUCUUCGGUAGAUGUAGAUCCUCCUGUAGUAACUUGUUUGGAGAACAUAACUGAGAAUAAUCAAGAAAGUAAACAGGUAUCGAUAGAAGAAACGGUGGAUACUAAAGCUAUCGUGCCAAUCCGACAACUGAAUCCAGAGACACUCGCAAUGGUCCCGCUAAACCACAAAGUGAGCAAAAAAACCGAACUUUCACAACGUAGAACUAGAAGGCCGUUUUCUGUUUCUGAAGUAGAAGCACUUGUAGAAGCUGUUGAAACACUCGGAACUGGAAGAUGGCGCGACGUUAAAAUCCGUGCAUUUGAUGAUGCAAACCACCGAACUUAUGUGGACUUGAAAGAUAAAUGGAAAACAUUGGUUCACACAGCGAGUAUAUCACCUCAGCAAAGAAGGGGGGAGCCAGUACCGCAAGCUCUACUGGACCGAGUCUUGGCGGCACAUUCUUUCUGGACUCAGAAUCAACUUAAGCCACAUGGGAAACAUCAGACCGAACCCAUUCAAACUCUGCCAGCGGUUAAAGUUUGAAGGCGGAAAUGAGUUGGGGAUGGUGUGUACAAAGUUUAACUUGUUUAAAUUACUGUAAUAUCUCAUAUAUUUACUUACUAAAGAGUCAGUCCUCUCUUAAAGUGGCUGGUGGAGAGGAAAUAAGGGUGUUUUUAACAUGUUUUAGAAAUUGUCAGUUUCAUACCAUUCUUUUGCACAUUGUACUGUUUGUAUGCAAUCUGUAAACAUUUUUUUAUCUUUAUGUAAUUGAUUCUUGUUUUCUUUCUUCA